GGGCGCUGGCGGCCGCCAUCUUGGCUGAGGGCGGACGCGGCUUCGCGCCGGCCCAGCCGCGCAGCGAGCGAGGAGGCGCCAUCGGGGCUGAGGGCAGGCCGCGGGGAGCCGGGAACAGCACAGAAUCCGUGCGGCCAUGGGGAGGAUCGGGCUGCAGCUCCGCGCCACGCUGGAGAACAUCACCCGGCUGCGGGCCGAGGGAGAGGACUUCCGAUGGUACCUCAAGCUGAAAUGCGGGAACUGCGGUGAAGUCUCCGAAAAGUGGCAGUACCUGCGGCUGAUGGACAGCGCUCCCCUGAAAGGCGGCCGAGGAAGUGCCACGAUGGUGCAGAAGUGCAAGCUGUGCUCCAGGGAGAACUCCAUCGAUAUUUUAAGUCAGACAAUCAAGCCUUACAAUGCUGAAGACAGUGAGAAAUUCAAAACAAUUGUGGAGUUUGAAUGCCGAGGUCUGGAACCAGUUGACUUUCAACCACAGGCAGGGUUUGCUGCUGAAGGCGCAGAAUCUGGCACACCUUUCAAUGACAUAAACUUGUUAGAAAAGGAUUGGAAUGACUAUGAUGAAAAAACAAAGGAAUCUGUUGGAAUCUAUGAAGUUACCCAUAAAUUUGUAAAAUGCUGAAGUUCAUACCCCUAACACAUUAUGACAAGGUUAUUGAUGGAGGAGCUGUAAAUCAGAUACGCAACUUCCUUGGAGUUCCUUUUUUACAUGGCUGCACUUCAGAAACGGAAACCUAAGUUCACAGAAUCAUUUAGGUUGGAAAUGAUCUCCAAGACUGAGUUCAACCUUUGACUGACAUCCCUCAAUUGUAUUUUCCAUCCCCAGCAUGCCCUAAUAAAAUAUUGCCCAUGGAGCACUUGGAGAUGGCCUCAGUACAAAGUGAAAAUAGCACAUAUUGACUGAACUGUGCCGUGUCCUUAAUGCUGGGGGGUUUGGGAAUUACA